AUGGCGACCUCUAGCACACGUCUAUAUCUUGGAAACCUGCCCUACGUGGCGCAGAAAAGAGAGAUAGUCGACCUGCUAAACGAAAUCCAAGUUCAAUACCACAAUGUCGACUUCUCCACUGAUCCAUUCUCUGGGCGAAAUCCAAGCUACUGCUUCGUCGACUUUGCCAACGCCGAAGAUGCCUCUCGGGCGAUGGAGAUGUUACAAGGGCAGAAAAUUCGAGGACGGCCGAUGAAGGUGAACUUCAACACGCAAAAACGAACAACUCCAAGCCGGCCUCUGCCGGAUUUUCACGACCCGAACAAGGAAGCCUUCGUCUUCAACCGAUGGGAGCGGAAUGAUGCGAAAAGUCAUUGGGUGGACCCAUUGCUUGACUCACGCCGCGUACGCGUUGACAAUCUGCCAAAGAUCUCACACCAAGACGCACUGCAAGUUGAGAUGCGGAGGAUGUUUGACGGGUUCGAAGUUCAAGCUGUGAGCAAACUCGUCGUACGUACGGAUCCCUGGACUGGACGAUCCUUCGGUUACCAACACUAUUGCUUUGUCGACCUCGCAACCCCCGACGAGGCUGAGCGUGCGGCUAGGGAGCUAAACGGAGCGCGAUGUACUUUUGGAGGGAACGUUGAAGUUCAAGUGGCCCGUAAUGAUCACGGAAGCACGACCAAAGUGGAACGGGAGCAACUCGGCUUCACGAGACCUGAGCAGAGAUGGACCGGCAGGACAGCUCCGCCUUUGCGAGACUUCAAUUCGAGCUGGAGGAGGGCUGAGACUUGA